CGGCGCUUACGCCUGCAUGCCUCUUCGGCGUUGAGCCAAGUUUUAUUCAGAUAUUAUUGGUAAUGUUUAGUAGCUAAGAAAAAAUGAGAGGAGUCGACCCUGAGGAGGAAGAAGCGAUGUGAUUUGCCGGCGCCACCCCUCUGCUCCCUGCGGACGCGGCAAAUGGCAAGUCCCGAGGUCGCAGCUUCUACCGGAGCGGGUGGCUGAGUUCUCCGUUGUCCUUGGGGUCUGCGGUCGCUGUUGCCACUGGGCCUGCAGUGAUCAUGGUGAGCUUCAUUCAAUUUGUGCGGGACCUCUGGGUGGGUAUUUUUGUCCCUGUGGGAUUUGUCCUUGGAUGUUAUCUUGACAGAAAGAAUGAUGAAAAGCUAACUGCCUUCCGGAACAAGAGUAUGUUAUAUAAAAGGGAAUUGCGACCCAAUGAAGAAUAUACCUGGAAGUAAAGACUGGCCGACAUAUGCAGUGUUCACAUUUUAAAGUUCUGAGAGAAAUAAAAACGUGUCAUUAUUGAAUUUGAA